AUGCUGGUAAUGAGAAUGCGACGGUCUGAUCUGCUGCCUCUGCGUACUAUACGCGCCUUGUCUACUGUAGUGAAGGACGAAGUACAAAAGUUUAAUGCCGCAUCUUCAGAUUGGUGGACACCAAAUAGCACGGCGGGAAUGGGACCUUUGCAUCAGAUGAAUCCUGUGCGUGUGAAGUACAUUCGCUCUCAUAUCAUUGAUCAUUUUGGCCAAUCAAGAGACGAUGAUCCAAUGCCACUGCGUGGAGUUCGAGUAGCUGAUGUGGGCUGUGGUGGAGGUAUUCUAUCCGAAGCAUUGUGUCGUCUUGGCGGUACAAUUGUGGCUGCUGACCCUGGCGAAGACAAUAUCGUUGCAGCUAAGAAACACGCAACAAUGUGUCGCUAUACAAGCAGUAUUGACUACCGUCUCUGCACGUCUGACGAUCUGGUAGCACAAGGAGAGCAAUUUGAUGUGGUCUGUUCAUUGGAAGUCAUUGAGCAUGUGUCGAACGUGCCUGCGUUUUUGCAUUCGCUCACUCCAUUGGUAAAGCCGGGCGGUCUGCUGUUUCUGUCAUCGAUCAACCGCACGGUUCUGUCUGCGUUGUUUGCUAUUGGAGCCGCGGAAUAUGUGCUGCGAAUCGUCCCGCCAGGAACGCACGACUGGAACAAGUUUGUGCAGCCUGGUGAGAUUGAGGCAGAAUUGAAAAAGGAUGGGUUUGCUCUGAAAGACGUGUCGGGAAUUGUGGGUGAUCCGAUUUUCCGAAGCUGGCGUAUUCAUCCGACGUGCACUGAUAUCAACUACAUCAUGUGCGCAUCAAAGUCUCAAGAGUAA